AUGUCCAUCCCUAUGAACCGCUUAGGCGGCCGCGCCUUUAGCCACGCGGACAACGACGACGACGACACGGAGCGUGAGUACGAUCGCCUCCGAGACCUAGCCCACCAGGAAGCCAACAGGCGCAACCAGGCCUUUGAGCGCUCCCAACAAGCGUACCAGUCCGGUGAUGGCGCGGCCGCCAAGGAGCUCUCCAACGAGGGCAAGCGUCACGCGCAGAAGAUGGAAGACUACAAUCGUCAGGCAUCCGAGUUCAUCUUCCGGGAGAACAACGCCGCCGGGCGCGUGACGGGCAGCUGCGUCGACCUUCACGGGCAGUACGUCGAGGAGGCGGAGCGUAUCCUCGAGGAGCGCAUCCGCGCCGACCGAGCGAGGGGCCAGGAACACCUGCACGCCAUCGUCGGCAAGGGGAACCACUCGACGGGCCACGUGCAGAAGCUGAAGCCGAGGAUCGAGGCCAUCUGCCGCGAGAUGGGCCUCAAGUACUCGACCGAGGAGAAUGCGGGUAGGAUCUACAUCAACCUCCAGGGCGGCGAUGCGACCAUGCCGCCGCCGCCUCAUACUGGUGGUGGUGGUGGUGGUGGACAGCAGUAUCAUGGAGGACAGAAGCCUCAUCAUGGUGGCCAGCAGCAGCACCACGGCGGUCAGUCGCAUGGUGGACAGCAACAGCACCACGGCGGCCAGAGCCAGCAGCAAGAUCAGGACGAGACUGGCGAAUUGGUCGUCAAGAUCCUCAAGAAGCUGGAGAAGGCUUGCUGUAUUGUCAUGUAA